AUGGCUCCAAAGUAUAUGAAAUGGUCUGAAGAAGAGAUGGUGAAUGCUGUGAGUGCAGUGUUAGAUGACGGCAUGUCAAUUUCUGAGGCGUCAAGAGUUUUUGAUAUCCCACGAAAAACGUUAUCGGACAAAGUCCAUAACAACCAUCCUUUAAAAUCAGGACGGCAAACUGAGCUAACGGCAGAUGAGGAAAAAAGCUUGGUGGCGUACAUCAAAUACAUGUCGAAUCAUGCUUUCCCCCUGACCAUUCCUAUGAUAAAGUCAUUCGCAUGGAACAUUGUAAAGAGGUCAGGAAGGGAAAGUAGAUUUAAUGUUGAGAAUGGUCCUGGGAAAACUUGGUGGAACGAGUUCCGUAAACGCCAUUUAAGUGAUGUAGCAAUUAGAAAGCCAGAUUUGCUGGACAGAGGAAGGGCGAGGAUGGCAAAUCCUGUUGUUAUAAACAGACACUUUUUGACUUUGGGAAACCUUUUGAAAAGUGAGAAUUUAAUGGACAAGCCUGGAACAAUAUUUAAUGUAGAUGAAUCGGGGAUGAAUUUAGAGUUGAGGAAGGGAAAGGUUGUCAUUGAUCGAAGCCAGAAACAUGCGUAUUCGCAAGGUAAAGGGUCGCGGGAACACGUCACUGUUAAUUGCUGUGUUUCUCCAGGCGGACUGAUGAUUCCACCUUUUAUUAUUUAUGAGAAGUCUUUUCCAAGCGGAAACUACUCUGCCAAUGGCCCCACUGAUGCUCUAUAUGGCAAAUCCGACAAUGGAUAUAUGGACGAAGACCUGUUCUUCAAGUGGUUUACUCGUUUAUUUGUUCCAAAAACUAAACACGUGGGGAAAAGAAUCUUGAUAAUUGAUGGCCACGGAUCCCACAUCAACCUCAAUUUAAUAGAUGCUGCUAGGGAGAACCAAGUUAUCUUGUAUUGCCUCCCCCCUCACACAACUCAUGUGCUUCAGCCAUUGGAUGUUGGAUUGUAUGGUCCACUCAAGACAUACUUCAGCAGAAUUAGGUUGGGCGUCACGAGAAAUGUUACGAUUUCCAAAACUGAAUUUUCUGCUGUUUUUAAGCUGGCGUACGAGGAAACCUUUAGCUACGCUCGCAUCCUUUCAUCAUUUCGGUCAUGUGGCAUAUACCCGUUCAACCCACUGGCCAUAAAUUUAAAACGUUUAAUGCCAUCUACUACGUCAACUGUACCGCCAACUACAUCGUCAACUCUACUGCCACCUGUACCGUCAAUGACAUCGUCAACUCUACCGCUACCUGUACCGCCAACUGCAUUGUCAACUCUACCGCCACCUUUACCGUCAAUUGCUUCGUCGACUUUUCCGCCACCUGUACCGUCAAUUGCAUCGUCAACUCUAUCGCCAACUGCAUCAUCAAAUGUACCAUCAACAUCGUCGUCACCAACAGCUGCAUCUUUCCCAGGAACUUUGAACAGUCUUCCGGGUGGAUCGAUAUCUUCAAUGCCAUCAGCAAACCGACUACCUGCUGCUUUCCAAAAUAUGGAUCCAAAUAUAAUCGAUCUAUUUAUCACGCCGAUUCUGGAGCCUGAAAAAAAAGAAAAGAACAGUAGAAUUGUCACUAAAGAAAGAAUCAUCACUUCCGACGAGCAUCGUGCAAAACUGGAAGAAAAGAGCAGAUUAAAAAGAGAACUUGAAGAAGCUAAAGAGAAACGUAAAUUGGAGAGGGAAAGAAAAAAGAAGGAGAGAGAAACAACAACAAAAAGCCAAAGAGCGAAAUGCGAAAAAAAGAAAAACCUCCCCAAUCGAGGGUUCAAUGAUGAUGAAGAUGAAGAUGACGAUGGCAACAACAGUGAUGAUGGUAGUAUCAGUACAAGCAGCGAAAGUGUUGUUUUGGAAAGUUCGGAAGAUGAAUCCGAUGUUUGUAACAUUUGCAAGCGCGGUUUCCCUAAAGGUUUGAAGAAACAAACUGUCUCCUGGAUUCUUUGCGCUAAAUGCAGUUGUUGGAUGCACGAUGUUUGCGAAGAUGUGUCCGUAAAAAAAUUACCAGAGAGUGAGGAUUAUAUUUGCUUAUCCUAA